UUUCCACGGUGCCAAGCCGUGUGCGGAUAUGCGGUAUCAGAAUGAGCUUCCUAAGAAGAUCAAAUCACGCGGCAAGGACGCGCACCUCAAUCACGAAGAGCUGGUGCAGACGAUGAAAUGGAAGCAAACACGCGGCAAGUUCUACCCACAGCUGUCCUACCUGGUGAAGGUGAAUACACCGCGCGCCGUGAUGGCCGAAACAAAGAAAGCGUUCAAAAAGCUUCCGAAUCUCGAACAGGCAAUUACAGCGUUAUCGAAUUUGAAGGGCGUCGGUACUACGAUGGCGUCUGCCCUGCUCGCCGCAGCAUCGCCGGAAAACGCGCCCUUUAUGGCUGACGAGUGCCUGAUGGCGAUACCGGAGAUCGAGGGCAUUGAUUACACCACUAAAGAAUACCUAAAUUUCGUCCAGCACAUUCAAAACACCGUCGAGAGGCUGAACAAACAGACAUCCAAUGGUAAGACAUGGAGCCCACAUAGAGUCGAGCUGGCACUGUGGACGCAUUAUGUGGCAUCUGAGCUAAAGCCAGAGUUGCUCGAUGGCAUCCCGGGCUCGACGGAGAACGGCAACUCGCACGGCGCCAGCAAUGGUGAGGCAACGGAGCCAUCGGAUGACAGCAAUCAGGAGACGGUAGCGAAUGGCAAGGACACGGCGGCGCUUGAUCCGGCAGCGAUCGACGAGAACAGCACGACAACAUCCUUCACUGAAGAUUCGAUGGACAAGCCGGCAACACCGAUCACUGCCAGCGAUCAUGCCGUCGUAGGCGCCAGCGAGGACACAAACGAUUCCAUCAUUACCAACGACAGCAGCAACAACGCGACGCCACGACCUACCGACAGCGAGGACACCGAGGAGGACUCGCAAGACGCGCAGGAGCCGCCCACCAAGAAGAGCAAGAAGUGACCCGAUCAGCUCGGUGACGCGACAAGCAACAACGUCAGCACUUUCGUGCCCGCCAGAAGUCUGUCGAUCAUUGCGGCACCGCGUCGUCGAUUCUGAAUCAUCAAUCCGGAUGAUGGACCGACGGACGGACGUACGACGGAUGGACAGAUGAACGGAUAGGUAGAAUAGAAGAUGGAUGCACGGACGGACGGACGGACGCGGAUGAAUGGAUGAAUUAUUCUAUUUGUGCGAUUGCUUGGACGGAGCAUAGCCGCUCGCUUCAUCCUCGGCUCUUAUUGCAGCAGGGGGAGCGAGAAAAAAAGGAAAAGGAUUUGCGGGAUUCCAGAAUAUUCUGAAUGCAUUCUGAAAUCCUCGAAUCUUUUAUCUCACUCUGUUUCUUUCCCUCUUUUGAUUUUUCCCGCAUUUCAUCCACGAUUAUGUCUCGUUUUCUUAUGGCUCCUCCCGUUCUGGUAGGCAUUUUUACCGAGUGACCGACAGAUAUGCAUUCUCGUUGAUGCUAAAUGUCAGCUGGUGAUACAGCUAGAUUCUCAUUGUUGUUGUUCGGACAAUCUCGUGCAUUCACGUAAAUGUCAACAAGAGUUUUGCACCGUCUUUUGAUUAUGGAUCUCCUGUACAAAGUAUGUUGGAGCGGACGAGGAAACGUGAAAGUAUAUAUACUCAGUGUUGCUAAAAAUAAAAUAUUUUCGCGAAUAUAUACGUAUAAGAGAUAAGCCUUUAUGUAUCCCUAUUAAUGAUAUUUUGCAUAUCUUUUAUAAAACAUUAAUUUCUUUGACUAAUAUAUAUCUCGAAUUCUUUUGAAACGUCUCAUAUAAUAUUUAAGAUCUUUGGAUUUUGUUGGAGAUUAAAAAUUUACUGUGAAGCUUUGAAUUAUCUUAAAUUUGUUUAAAAAAAACUUAUGAAAUGUGAAAAUUUUGCGUUCACAGAAUUAAGGUGCUUAGAUUUCUCGAUCAUGCUGUUCUAUGUUGAAUCGCGUACAUUGUUACAUCUUUGAAUCGCCUAAUUCGCCUGAAUGCUCCCUUCUUUCACGACUCCUUGAUCGCCGCUCUUCAACGCUAACACAACUGCCGUUCUACUAACAAGAAGAUGAUGCAAAACUUUCUUGAAAUAUACAUUUCUCGUUCACUUUAUAAUCCACCUUUCACAGUGUCAUAUAUUCUAAAUAACGAGACUCCCUCGUUCUAUUUAUCUUCGAUCGUCGCAAUCUUUCUUUGGAAUUUCCGAUCGCGAAACUUACAUGUCGCGUUAUUUUUUUUUCUUCUUUUUCUUCAAGAUAAUCCCAAUAGUUAAUUUAAAAAGGUGUAAAGCGAUGUUGUAUGUUUACGUGCAAAUAAUCAUAGAUUUUACGAAUAGAACCUGUAAAUCGUGACUUAAAUUAUGAAAUAUGCACUCGUAAUACACGCGAGUUGAGUAUACAAAAAAUAAAAAUUAAAUGCAACUUUUUAUUUCUUGUCUAUUAUGAGAGAACCAUACAAAGCAACAUUCAAGGAUUCUACGUGAGCGUAAAUAUCUAACAUCAACAUAAAAUUUUACACGUCUCCCAACUGCAAACUUCUUGAAAAUAUGAAAAAAUUCAAUUAAAUAUUUUUGCAUCCUUAAAUUUGUAAAAUAUUUGAUUUUUUGAAAAGAAUCUUUGUAGGAUCAUGUGUAUGGAUUCUUUUCAGGAUGCGUGUAUAGUUUUCAGUUAUUUGAUGAUCGAUCAUGUUUUAGUUUUUUUACGACGUGAAUUAAUGUACGGUGGAGUUCUCGAAUUAUUCCUUGGGAAGAGAUAAUCAUUGUUGCAAAAAAGGAGGGAGAGGAAAAAAAAGAGUGAGAGAAGGGGAGAUGUAUGUGAAUGGAGAGAGGGGGAGAAGAGAGCAAAUCACUCCGUGAGCAACAAAAAAAAAAAACAAAA